AUGACCUCCCAAGCAACAGAUAGGCACAGCUUUGCCACGGUGCAGCCAAAUCCACCAACCACUGGAAGCGCAAGUCUUGUACACUGCCCAGCCGAGGUCUUGACACGAUUGCGAAAGCUCCACGAAGCGGAGAUUAUCACACUCUUCACACCAUUCGUCCCUCACUCUCCUUCUUCGACUUUAGCAAAAAACACGGAUCCCUUCGAGCCUCUGGGCAGAGCGCUACCCCGCCGAGUCCGUCAUGUUCCCUACCGCCUGGACCACGGCAUGACCGAGACCCACGCCGGCUUCCUGCCCGCAAGUGGAGUCGUAAUGAUCGUUAUCUGCAUCACGGAGAACAUCAUGAGUCGCAACACUCAAGCCUUUGCACAGCAGCUCAAGUUUGCAAGAGGAAUAACGAGGAAGGUGGAAGAGAGCUGGUCAACAAUGCAGGUCCCAGUUGUGGUAUUACUCGUCAGCGAUGAGCCCGCUGGACAAUCCUACUCCAAGGCUGUGCAAGAUUUUCCGGUGCUGGUCACUACCAACAACUACACCCCUGCCGCGCUUACGAAUGCGGCAGCGGUACUGUUCGGAAACUAG